GGGGGGGGGGGAGCGGCAGGGGGAGAUGCGGGAGGGGACCCUGGGGCCUGGGUCCUCAAAAGCCUACCUGCCCUCCCCCUACUUUAUCUAUUACACGAAUAAACGCAGAGGAGGGGGAGGGGAAGCUUUAUUUAUAGAAAUGACAAUAGGGAGCCAGGCGAGGCCCCCCAGAAGCAAGGUUCAAGUCUCUUGCUUUCUUCCUUAAAAAAAAAAGAAGAAGAAGAAGAAGAAGAAGAAGAAGAAGAAGAAGAAAAAGAAGAAGAAGAAGGAAGAAAGAAAAAGACAGAAAGAGAAAUAGGAGGCUGCACUCCUCGUUUUCAGCUUUGGCGAAGAUGGAUCCACGUUUCAUCUUUAAUCACGCCAGGCCCAGGCCCAUCUGUCUUGUUUACUCUGCCGCGGAGAGGACGGGCCUCGGUGGCGACCAUUACCUCGACACCCGGCUAACAAAUGAGGCCCGGCUCCGACGCCGCCGCCUCUGCUGCUGCCGCUGCUGGAAGACAGCCUGGAUUUUCUUUCUUUGUCCCCCAUUCCUGACACCCAGCGAAAGCACCCUGUGACUGCCAGAUAGCGCAGUGUUUUGGCCACGGUAACACGCGCACACACACACACACACACACACACACACACACACCCUCCUCCCCCUCGGUGCCCCUCCAUGGGCACACUGACUGCUCACCCCCUUCCACCAAGGGGUGGGGUGGGGGGGCAGCAGCAGGAAGGGGACACGUGGAGGUGGGGGGUGGCCUUGGCACCGCAGGACCAGGCAGGGAAAUUGAGUCCAACAGAAAAGAGACCCGGAGACCCGAGAGGGCCUUCUUCUGGAAGGUCAAGCCAUUCCUGGCAGAGUGAGGGGCCAGCUGAGUUCUGGAAGCUGGGCACAACCCUCUGGCCAAUUGAGUUGUGCAGCCAGGCCUUCUCUCCUCCGCUGCAAAUGAAUGUGAGACUAGCACAGAAAAUGUGGUGGGGCCUCCCGGUCUGGGAGACAUAUUGCAGAGACCUCUCCCAUAGUUUAUCAUUGUUUUGCAUUGAUUAUUAUUAUUAAUUAUUAUUAUUAUUAUUAUUAUUAUUAUUUUAUGUCAUGCGCGUCCUGUCUCCUGUUCUCUCUCUGACAUUCCAAACCAGGUCCCUUCCUAGUUCUGGGGCUGCCUGAGUCUAGAACCCUUGGUUGGCGUGAAAAUUUUGUGUCCUGUACAGAGUGACAAUAGAAAUAAAUGUUUGGUUUCUUGUGACCAGCACGGCGUGUUUUUGUUGAAACCUUGAUGUAAAGAUACAGACGAAUGCCACCCAGCGUAUAUUUUAAGCAUCUCAGUCCAUUCGGCCUCACAUUGUAUGUGGUUGAGGAUUUUUUUUCGAAGGGUCCAAGGAGAAUUUCUAUCUCAGAGGACUCCAAAUUGUGGUAGCUGGUUUGUUUUCCUUUUGGGGUGGGUGUGUUUUGUUUGGGGCUUUUAAUUUUUUCCCUCCAGUCCAAAAAUGGAUUGAAAGUACUGGGAGGGCCGACUCCAAUCCCUAAUGGGGGGAAAAUGUUUCAUUGUAGGACACGAGAGGCUUAAGUAUGGCAAAGCCUUUCAUAUCGUGAUUUAUUUGUCAUAAGCAAAUAAAAUGCGGUUAAGCUGUCUCUUUCUAGACAGACGGCUCUUUGCUUAUUAAGGUUCGGAGGGAGGAUUUCUGCGAGGCCGGCCUCUUUCCUCCCGCCUAAGAAGGUAUCGUUUUCCUCUGAGGUGUUUAAAGCUUUAAUGAGUCUAAUUUUUUGCACAGAUGUUUCUGGGUGUUUGCAGGUUUUCAGAGUAUUUUUAUAUUACAAAGGAGCUAGCCGGUGCCAUAGCUCAAACUCUGACAAGCAAAUAGAUAAUCAAGAAGACAAAUGGCCUCUUUUGUGAAGCCCUGCUCCUGUAUUAAUUUUCAUUUUCUUUCUCAUAGAAAGUAUCGAAAGUACGACCGGGGACCAAAUAGCUUUCUGUCUCUGAGGUCCCAGUCACCCCUAGAAUGGAGUGGGGGAAGGGGGUGGGGGUGCCGAUGACCCUCACAAGCUCUGUCGGGCUUGGGCCGUUUUGGGGCAGCACCCAAGAGAUGUGCUUAAGGUCCGAGGGCUCCAGCCUUGGGGUCUCUGGUCUUGUGGUGGCCCAGGAUACAGCCACCCGCCUCCAAAAAACUUGGGGCUCGAGAGAGCAUAUGCAAUUAAAAGUCGUUUUUCAGUCCCAUCUUCCCUCCAGAAAAUAAACAUAGCUGAUUCCACCAGCACGUUUUUUACUGUUAUUUCUUUUGUAUUCCUCCGGUUUGCAGCGCCCGGGAGUUUGAGGCUGGGUAGGGCCUGGGACACACAGGGCUGGUGUCCACAGCACGGGAAAGGGCGCUGGAACUGCCCGUUGAAAUGCUCCUGGAGGUCUCAUUUAAAAAAAAAAAAAAUUGACAGGACCUGGAGGCGAGCUUUGUUUUGGUCGAAUCGCGGUGUGAUGUUUAACUGCCAAAGGGAUACCGCCCUUAGUGGAGGGGGAAAAUAGUCCUUAAAAAGCAUAUGCCCCCCCAGGAAUGUCUCUAUAGAACCAAAUCAAAGCUGCUCCUUGGAAGGUAUGAAUAGAAUAAAAAAAAGAUUUCUAUGGAGCUUAAAGUUCACAGCCAUUCUGUGUAGACAAGAGCUAAGAAAAAUGUGAGAAUUAUACAGAAAACCAUUAAUCACUUCUUUUCUUUAAAUACGUAUCCUCUCUCCUUUGUUAUUAUUCAACAGCAAAUCUCCGCAGACCGGCUGUUGGGGGAAAAAAGUGUUAGCUGGCUCUCCCGGAUCUGCGAGGGGGAAAAAAAUUUGGAACCAUAAAGUUGAAAACUUUUUUCUCUCAGUUUGGAAGAAGCCCUUCGUCAUGAAUGGGAUCCGCAGAAUUCAGGCCAGAGGAGGCGAGAGGCGCAAAGGAGGGGAGAUUUCUCGCCUGCCGCUCGCGCUGGGGCUCGAUGUGAAUAUAUAUUAUGUCUGCCUGUUCUCCCCUCGUCGGUGGCUAAGGUCAGCAGCUCCCAACGGACUCGGGAGGAGGGGGGCAGAAAGGGGAGGGGGGGGGGUCCGGCGCCUCACGUGACCCCCGCGGGUGCCAAUGUCCGGUCGUGAGGGUAUCAGGCUCUUGCAAGUUGCCACCCACUGCCCGGGCCUCGCUCAGCGAUGCAGAAAGCCACCUACUACGACAACGCCGCGGCAGCACUCUUCGGAGGCUACUCCUCGUACCCUGGCAGCAAUGGCUUCGGCUACGAAGGUCCCCCCCAACCCCCCUUUCAGGCCGCCACGCACCUGGAAGGCGACUACCAGCGCUCGGCGUGCUCCUUGCAGUCCCUGGGCAACGCCGCCCCGCAUGCCAAGAGCAAGGAGCUCAACGGCAGCUGCAUGAGGCCCGGCCUGGCCCCCGAGCCCCUGCCCGCCCCGCCCGGCUCACCCCCGCCCAGCGCCGCACCUACCAGUACCACUAGCAACAGCAAUAAUGGGGGCGGGCCCAGCAAAGCCGGCACCCCCAAGUGCGUUCCUGGCUCCAACUCCACCCUCACCAAACAGAUAUUCCCCUGGAUGAAAGAGUCAAGGCAAACGUCCAAGCUGAAAAACAGCUCCCCCGGCACAGCGGAGGGCGGAGGCGGCGGCGGAGGCGGCGGCAGUGGUGGCGGCGGGGGCGGCGGCGGCGGCGGCGGGGGAGGGGACAAGAGCCCCCCGGGGUCGGCGGCGUCCAAGCGCGCGCGGACGGCGUACACGAGCGCGCAGCUGGUGGAGCUGGAGAAGGAGUUCCACUUCAACCGCUACCUGUGCCGGCCGCGCCGCGUGGAGAUGGCCAACCUGCUGAACCUCAGCGAGCGGCAGAUCAAGAUCUGGUUCCAGAACCGGCGCAUGAAGUACAAGAAGGACCAGAAGGCCAAGGGCCUGGCCUCGUCGUCCGGGGGCCCCUCCCCUGCCGGCAGCCCCCCGCAACCCAUGCAGUCCACGGCCGGCUUCAUGAACGCCUUACACUCCAUGACCCCCAGCUACGAGAGCCCGUCCCCGCCCGCCUUCGGCAAAGCCCACCAGAAUGCCUACGCGCUGCCCUCCAACUACCAGCCCCCUCUCAAAGGCUGCGGCGCCCCGCAGAAGUACCCCCCGACUCCGGCGGCCGAUUACGAGCCCCACGUCCUCCAAGCCAACGGGGGCGCCUAUGGGACGCCCACCAUGCAGGGCAGCCCCGUGUACGUGGGCGGGGGCGGCUACGCGGAUCCGCUGCCGCCCCCUGCCGGCCCCUCCCUCUAUGGCCUCAACCACCUUUCCCACCACCCCUCGGGGAACCUGGACUACAACGGGGCGCCCCCUAUGGCCCCCAACCAGCACCACGGACCCUGCGAUCCCCACCCUACCUACACAGACCUCUCCUCUCACCAUGCGCCUCCUCCUCAGGGUAGAAUCCAAGAAGCGCCCAAAUUAACACACCUGUGAUCGGAGAGGGGCCGGGGGGCCGGGGUGGCGGAGGGGCGAGGUCUUGGGGUGGGUGAGAGCUAUGAGGGGCGCAGGCCGUGCGCUCUGAGGGGGCAGCCUGGAGGUCUGAAAUAGGGAGGCAAGGAGGCGAGAGCCACACUUGCUGCUGGGAAGACCCGGGCUGGAGCCCCUUCCCCUCCCCCUGGCCUGAGAAGUUGCUUUGUAAGGUCCUCCAGUCCUUGUUCGGUCCGCCUGCCAACCCACUGGAGAGAAAUCCACAGCCGACUGUGGAGAUGAUCCCCUCAACCCUAGGCCUCCAGCAAUACCCAGUUAGGAGAUAGGGAAACAAGGCAGAGAAGCACAUUUUAAAAAGCAGACAAGAUGGCUAGGCCAUCACCAACCAACCAACCAACCAACUUACCUUCCAUCUCUGUGAGUAAUUCCUCCAAAUCUUGAUUUUUUUUUUCCUUGCAGUUCUCCUUUAAAAAACAAACAAAAAAAGAGAGCCCAUUUCAAAACCAAGGGCCCAAAGCACGCUCCCCUCCCACUUUCCUGAAGCCUCAAGUUUCCUCCCACCCAUGUGAGGUUUCUGGGGGCGCUCCCUCCAUUUUUAGCCCCAUAGUUUCUGCUUUAGGACAUUCAUGUCUACACCCCGCCCCCAUCUAUUACAGUUUUCAGAGGGCUCAGGGAUGGCGAGAGAUCCUGAAAGUCAGAGCUGUCUAUAUUAUAAAUAUAUAUAUAUUUUUUCUUUUAUGGAACGCUGGGAGGUCAGAGCAGGCAAGGUGUCAGGACUGAAGCUUUGUCCAUUCUGCUGUCUCCCAUCUCAGCUCCAGGACCAUCCCCCUCUCUCCACAGAAAGCAAUCGGGCGACACGAGGUUCUACACUUUUCUUUUCUUCUGUUGCUCUCUUGACUUAACGUGAAAACAGGGUAUAUUUUAACAAACUGUCUGUCCCAGGCAGGGGCUGCAGCUGGGCCUGUGCGCCUCGCUCAACCCCCUGUCAGGACACUUUUGUUGCACUUAGAGUUUACAUUUUAAUGGAUAUAAAAACAACUGUGAGAGAUGCUUGGGUCUGCAGGAGUCCGGCAUCGCUCAAGAAGUGUGUGUUCUAGUGAACAUUUUCAUAUAUAUUUAUUGGUUAUAGCCUGUUAAAAUAUUUUCUUUUUUGUAUUAUUUAUCCCCCCCCACAUUAUGUAUUUAUAUGAGGGAAAAAAAAUGACAAAUUGUACUUUUUUAGUAUUUACUUGUUAUAAAGGACGUUGUGUUUCCUGUCAUGUAAAACCAGCUAUUUUAGUUAUUAUUGUACUCUAGAAAAGAGCUGUAGAUUUAUGUUAAACGCGUACUUAUGAGCAAUUGUAAUUAGUUCUAAAAGGCAUGAACUCAGCUCCUAUUGUCAUUGUAUAGUCCUGAAUUCGUAGAGUUAGAGUUAAUUCCCUCUCGAAACUUUCUUUGUUCUUCCGUAGUUACUUUUUUCCUCACUUAAAAGGGUUGUCUGUCAAACAAUUCUUGAAUAAACUUUCUGUUAUCAAUUUUA